AUGUUGGGGGCCGAAGACGCCGGGAAAGUUAGAAAUUUAAUUUCCUACAUUUGCUUGAGUGCUCUUUUAACAUUUUCGACUGAAAAAAGUGUCGUUUCCACGCAACAUCUCUCUCUCGAACAAUCGAAAAACAUCUCUCCGUAUUAUGUUUGAGCAUAAAAUCAGUAUUCAAGCAGCUGCUUUCUCUUCCUAAAUUCACCAUCUGCAAAGCCAUUAACCUGGCUCUUUUAAGGCUUCGAUUAACAAUUCAAUAAACAAAAAUGGUGAAUUUGAUGUUAGAAAUCAAAGGUGACUUGGAGAAUCUCACCAAUCUCCAGCCGCAAGGUGGAUGUGACGACCCCAAUUUCUCUUACUACUUCAAGGUGAAAUGUGGGAAUUGUGGGGAAUUAAGCCAAAAAGAGACCUGCGUUACACUCUCAGAAACAGUCCAACUCCCCAAAAGCAAAGGCUCAGCCAAUCUAGUUCAGAAGUGCAAAUUUUGUGGAAGGGAUGGUAACAUUGUAAUGAUCCCAGGACGAGGCAAACCAUUGACUCUUGAAGACAGUGAAUCUGGAAAAUAUGUUCCAUUAAUGAUGUUUGACUGCAGGGGCUUUGAGCCUGUGGGUUUUUCUUUUAGAGAUGGAUGGGCAGCUGAAUCUACUUCAGGGACUAAAUUUGGAGAUAUAGACUUGUCGGAAGGUGAAUAUGUGGAGUAUGAUGAGAAAGGACAAUACCCUGUCGGAAUAUCCAACGUCCAAGAGAGAUUUGUUGUCGUUAAGUAGGCAUUAGCAUCCCGAUAGUUGGGAAACAAUCAAAAGGAAAACUCUGAUGGGCAAGCUUCACCAUGAAUUUUCUUAUGAUUUGGCCUUGGAUAUGGCUUUUGGAAUCGCCUUCUGCAUCAUAAACUUGUAACAGAUUCUGCAAUUGGUGCUAUGAUAUUGAUUAACACAUUGUUGAAGAGCUUUUGUAAAUUAUAAAUGCUUGUCAGUCUUUUUGUCUUCAUUCUUGAAGAGGCGUUUGAAUCACCGAAGGCGUUACAUGUCUUGUUCAUUACAGAACUCAUAGUUAGUCAUGUCGCAAGCUUUCUUUGAAAUGAAAUAUGGUGUCUUGAACUCAA